AACCACACUGUUUGCAACCAUAACUGCUGCUGGUAUGGCCACAGACAUUACAGUUGAUCACAUUGCAACUACUGCAAUCACAGCACCCACAACCACAGACAUCACAAUGAUGACUGCUACAACUACAGACUUUACAUCCUCAACUAUGCCAUCUAUACCCUCAACAGUCAUAACUGAUGCAAUUACAGAUGUCAUAGCAACAGCUCCCCAAACGACAAUCACAGCCACUGCAACUACAGACUCCACACAAACCAUUACAAUGCCAACUAUAGAUAGCAAUACUGUAACCACAGCCCAAAGUGAUAGAAGCCCAGAUGCUACACCCAAAAACACCACAAUCAUAACUUAUACAUCCACUGACAUUAUACCAACCACUGCACCAAAUACCACCACAACAAUUACAACUUAUUCAACCACAGAUGUUAAAAAUAUAACCAUCACAAUACCCAUAGCCAACACCACAAACACUGCAAAUAUAAACAGCACACUAACCACCAUUAAUGGAAUCACAGCCAAAACCACAGAUGUCACAAUCACAGAUUUUCAAAUCACAACCAUUGGAAUCCCCCUAACAAACAUCACAGACACCACAAUGGCAGACACUACAUCAGCCACUGACACUGCAAUUAUACAAAGCACUAAUGAAAUGGCAGCCAAAACAAGCAAAGCCCCAACAAUCACAAACAACAUAACUCCAGAUGCCACAAACACACUUUCUACAAUCAAAGAUGCCACAACCACAGACACCACAAUCAUAACUGCUACAUCCACAGACAAUAUAUCUGGGGAUAUAACAAUCACAACUGGCAUAACCACAGGUAACACAACAACUAUAGAGUCCACUUCUAGAACCAUAGCCAGAACAAACAAAGCCACUACAAUCACAACCGCUGAAGCUGCAGACAUCACAGAAACAGCUUUUCCAACCGUUUCUACAAUAACAUCUGUCACAAGCACAGAUGCCACAACCCCAGCGAUCAGAUCAAUAGCUACCCCAAACACAACACCAAUAACUACAACCACAAUGACUGUGCACACAUCUGCUGCAAACAUAACCACACUCACAACAACCCCACUUACAGCUGCUAUAAUCAUAAGUACUACACACACAGACACCACUAAACACACCAAGACGCCUUUCACAGAUGCUAUAACCUUAACUGCUACGACCACAGACACUAUCCAGACAGCUGCCCCAACUACAGCUGACAUAAUCGUAGGUGUUACAACCACAAAUACCAUAGACGCAGAUCAACCAAGUACAGAGAUUGCAACCACAGCUUCUGCAACCACUGCUACUACUAUCAUGAUACCAACCACUGCAACCACAGAAAAUACAAGCAAAGCCACUGGAAUCACAACCACUACAACCACAGAUGCCACACACACAACUUUUCCAACAGUUUCUACAAUCAUAGCUGGUACAGUGACAGAUCCCACAACCCCAGCCAUAGGAACCACAGCAGACCACACCACAAUUACAACCAGUGCUACCAUAGAAGCCACAGCCUCAGGUUCCACAAUCCCAGAUGCUACAACGUCAAACACUUUAACUACACUUCUACCAACUACAGCCACAACAACUACACUUGAUACAAACACAGAUGCCACAACCACAGACACCACAAUCAUAACUGCUACAUCCACAGACAAUAUAUCUGGGGAUACAACAAUCACAACUGGCAUAACCACAGGUAUCACAACAACAUCUCUACAACCCUCAGCUAUCGCAAUCCAAGGGACCAACACCACAGACAUCACACAAACAAUUGCAAAUACAACUACUGCAAUCACAAACAAUACAACAAAUGCUUCAAAAAUAGAUGCUACGCAAACAGCUUUUUCACCAGUUUCAACAGCUGCAACAAACACAAAUGCAACCAUAACUGCCACAUCCACAGAAACAAUCACAACUGAUAAAACUGCAGAUGUUACAAUCCCAGAUUUUCAAAUCACAACCAUCACAAUCCCAGUAACCAAAACCACAGACACCACAACUGCUAAGACCAUACCAGAUAUCUCUGCCACAACUUUAGAGACCACUUUUGCAACUACAGCUGAAACAAACAAAGCCUUUAUAAUUACAGAUACCACAAGGACAGCAUUUCCAUCCCCAGUUCCCACAGACACAACCAUUUCAAUUAAAAAUGCCACAACCCCAGCCAUCAGAACCACACAAGUCUUGACUACAACCACAAUUACUGGCACAUCUACUGCAAACACAGCCACAUUUACUGCUGCCCCAAUCACAGACACUACAAAAACAAGCCCUCAAACUACAGUGAUUGCAACCACAGACUCUGAAACUACAGACGCCACAGCUUCAAAUACUAUACCCACUGCUACGCUAACUAUAACAAGCACAACUAAUACAGCAACAAAUAUCACAACCACAGGUCUCCAAACCACAAUCAUCCCCAUCCCAGUCCCCAACACCACAACUACAACCAUUGCCGCUACAACUAUAGAGUCCACUUCUGGAACCAUAACCAGAACAAACAAAGCCACUACAAUCACAACCGCUGCAGCUGCAAACACCACAGAAACAGCUUUUCCAACCAUUUCUACAAUAACAUCUGUCACAAGCACAGAUGCCACAACCCUAGUGAUCAGAUCUAUAGCUACCCCAAACACAACACCAAUAACUACAACCACAAUGACUGUGCACACAUCUGCUGCAAACAUAACCACACUCACAACAACCCCACUUACAGCUGCUAUAAUCAUAAGUACUACACCCACAGACACCACUGAACACACCAAGACACCUUUCAUGGAUGCUAUAACCUUAACUGCUAUAACCACAGACACUAUCCAGACAGCUGCCCCAACUACAGCUGACCUAAUUGUAGGUGUUACAACCACAGAUCAACCAAGUACAGAGAUUGCAACCACAGCUUCUGCAACCACUGGCACCACAGCUACAAACACAAUACCCACAGCUGCCCCAAAUACAACUAUAGGUGCAUCACCCACUAACACAAGUCUUCAAACUACAACUAUUGCAACCACAGCUUCAACAACUGCAGACACCACAGGUACAAACUCAUUACAAACAGGUGCCCCAACUACAACCACAACAAUUGAUACAAACACAGAGGUCAUAACUACAGCUCACGGAACCACAAACAACACAAUUCUAGUCACUACCACAGACCCUGCUACUACUAUCAUGAUACCAACCACUGCAACCACAGACAAUACAAGCAAAGCCACUGGAACCACAACCACUACAACCACAGAUGCCACACACACAACUUUUUCAACAGUUUCUACAAUCACAAAUGCCACAACCCCAGCCACAGGAACCACAGCAGACCACACCACAACUACAACCAGUGCUACCAUAGAAGCCAUAGCCUCAGGUUCCACAAUCCCAGCUGCUACAACGUCAGACACUUUAACUGCACUUGUCCCAACUACAGCCACAACAACUACACUUGAUACAAACACAGCUUUCCUAAGCACAAAGAUAACAAGCCCAGCCACCACCACCACCACAAACACCACAGAAACCACUACCACCACCUCUACAACUACAGACACCACAACUGCAACCAUAGUCAAGACAAGCAAUAUUACCACAAUUACAACUGCUACUAACACAGCUACCAUACACACAGCUUUUCUAACCACAAUUCCCACAGUCACAGAUUCUACAACUCCAGUUAUUGAAACCACAACCAUCCCAGUCAUAACUACAACCACUGCAAGCACAACCACUGCAAACCCAACCACAUUCAUAACUACUCCUACUGCAGCGACAACAACCAAAGACACCAAAAGCACAAGCCUUCGAACCACCAUGAUUGCAACCACAGCCUCUGCAACCCCUAAUAUGACUGUUGCCAUAACAGCAAAUAUCACCACAAACAGAACAUUUGCCACAAUCCAACAUGCAACCACCAAAGGCAUAAAAAACACUCCAGCAGUAACCACAGCAACUGCAACCCAAGACACCAGUGUCAUUGGUCUCUCCAUGAAAAUAAACAGAGAAUUUGACAUGGCAUUGGCCGAUAAAACAAGUGCAGCCUUCAAAGAACUUAAAGCAAAAAUCGAGGAAUUAAUUGAUCUAAGUUAUAGAAGCUUGCCUGCCUACCAAGCUAAAUCUGCAAACGUGAAUUAUUUUAGGCCUGGCAGUUUAAUUACAGACUUUAGCAUUAAAACAACUAACAGCGACCUCAAUUUGCUGUCAGCAAACCAGCAACUUGCCAGCAAUCUCCGAACACAGGGAUUCAAUAUAAGCGAUGAUGCAUUCAGUCAUAGUGUGCCAGAUGGCCUUUAUACAAGCAAAGAUCAAAUCUACCCUGGGCAAAAUCUGAUACUGACCUGUAACACAACAGCAAAUAACACCAUUAAAUGGACGAGGAAUGGAAUUGAACUAAAAGCGUCUGAUAGAUUUAUUAUUGAUCAGACUGUUCUCACUGUGAAAAAUGUCACUCCGGAAGAUAGUGGGCAGUAUGAAUGCAGCACAACAGAAAACUCAAUACCCUUUGUUAUCUGGCAAAGGAUUUUGAUUCCAGAACCCAAUAUCCAAGUGAGCAAUGACAAAUUUGUAAAAUGUGAGAAUUCAACAGUUGUGCUGCAGUGUUGUGUUUAUGAGAGCUAUGAAGUGAAGUGGAAUGUUGACCAGGCAGCUUGCAGCCAAACUUCAACAGUUCCACCAAAAGGCUGUAUAAUAUGUGGCUAUAAAAUAAACACGCAGGAUUGCCGGAAAAAUGAGAAGAUUACGGUCACGUGCCAGCUGACUAAAAGCGAUUACAAUGCACAGAGCGUCACAAUAAAUGCAGUCAACGAAGUGUUUACCUGCUUCGAUGCUGUAUUUGGUCCUGGAAAUGUGAAUGAUAUACAUUUGGGUGACUGUGAUGGAGACAUGGUCGGCAAUCAAGAAGCUAAGUGUAAUUCAACGGGACAGUGGCAAAUUAGAGCUACCAACUGUGCUCUGCGAGUCAUUCAAAAUCUAAAAGAUAGAGCUUCGGUUUUAAUGCCGAUUGAACUCCCCCAAUUUGUGGCUAACCUCAGCACUGUUACUGAAACAAAUGCUCUAAAUAUUACUUCAUCUCCAUCAACUAUAUUAACAAUCAUGGCAAUACUGAAAACUGUUGCCAGUAUCUCCCAAACAAUUUUAGUCAGUGAACCCAUUAUGACUGGUUUUCUAAAAACACUAGACGUCAUCGGGUCCGCUGCAGCACGGGGGACAUGGGCGGAUCUAAACCAGAAUACUACUACCAGCAAUGCCAGUUCUGAAAUUCUGCAAUCUAUCGAAAGCAUCGGACGCAGACUCCCAAAUGAUAUCAUUGAGAUAACAACUAACUCGACUCAUCUCAAAAAAACUAAUAACACCUUCCCAUUUUCUGAAGUGUUUGGUAUCAAUUUAACGACCCAAAUCAAUAUUCCAAUGCUUAGUGACAGACCUUUUAUAACAGUCAUAGUUUUUUCUUCACUUGACAAUGUCUUACCUAAUCGUACUGCAAACAAAGACAGUCCAGCUAACACCAUCAAUGGAGAUGUAGCUAUGAUUGAACCAGUGUCAACAAUUAAGAACAUCUCUCUUUCGUUUGCCAUCAAAAAUAAGACACUUGGUAGCCCUCAGUGUGUCUUUUGGAACUUCGAUCUUGUGAAUGGCACUGGGGGAUGGGACUCGACUGGAUGCCAACUAAAACCAGAGAAUGGAAUGGAAAGAUUCACAUGUGAAUGCAAUCACACGACUUCUUUUUCAAUUCUGAUGUCACCGUUUGCCCAGGAUAAAGAACUAACUAUCAUCCUAGACUACAUAACUUACAUUGGUGUUGGCAUUUCGAUGGGCAGCUUGGUUUUGUGCCUCAUUGUCGAACUCAUCAUUUGGAAAUCAGUGACGAGGAAUGACACGUCCCACAUGCGUCAUGUCUCCAUAGUCAACAUCGCUCUCUCCCUUCUGAUCGCGAACAUAUGCUUCAUCAUUGGAUCGGCAGUAAUAACAGAAGGGGAGAAAACGCCGGAGGGUCCCUGCAACACAGCAACAUUUUUCAUGCACUUCUUUUAUCUCGCCCUUUUCUUCUGGAUGUUUGUCUCAGCACUCUUGCUCCUCUACCGCACCACCAUGGUCUUUUCCAGAAUGAGCAGAGGAUCAAUGAUGGCUAUAGCCUUUACUGUUGGCUAUGGAGCCCCAUUAAUCAUAGCUGUUGUUACUGUGGCAUCUACAGCUGGGGGCCAUGGAUACAUUCAAAAAGAUUACAACUGCUGGCUGAACUGGAAUGAAACGAAGGCCCUCCUGGCAUUUGUGAUUCCUGCUCUGACUAUUGUUGCUAUAAACCUCCUGGUGCUUGUUGUGGUUCUGUGUAGGAUGUUGAGGAGAAGAGUUCAUUCUUCCACACAUCCAGAUGAGAAGCAUCCUCUCAUGGUUAUUGUUAGAUGUGUGGCGAUUUUAACUCCUCUCUUUGGUCUAACGUGGGGAUUUGGCAUUGGGACCAUGGUGUCUCCUGAUCAUAGGAUUCAGAUAGUGUUCUCAUUCCUUAAUUCACUGCAGGGUUUCUUUAUUUUGCUGUUUGGAACAUUACUGGAUAGUAAGGUUCAAAAGGCGCUAGCAAGAAGGUUGAGUCUGAGGAACGUAAACUCUAAUCAGAGCAGGAGCACAAGCACUGAACCAUCCUUCUCAAGUAGAUUUACUUUCAUUCCGAGGUUUUGGAGAAGAGAUGUGUACCACGUAUCUGAAGGUGGAAGUUUGCCUUCGUCCUCAAGCAACUCCUACAGAGUCAUUUAGUGUAGUCAAGUUAACAUGUUUUAUCCACGAAGAGUAAUUAUAUGGUUUCAACAUUAACAGUAUUUAUACAAUUAAUUAAAUGUAGCUGUAUCAUUGGUUUUGUUAGUGACAUCAGUGCUAAUGCAAUUUCUUUAGCUAAUUCCAUUUAUUUAACUAGAUAUCAUUUGAGUCAAUUGCCCAAGACCAGAGAUGCUCAAACUAGGGCCUGGGGGCCAAAGUUGGCUUGUAGUAACGUUUGAUUCGACCCACCAUGUCACAUGAGAAGAGAUUUAAAAAAAAUUAAAUAAUUGAGAAAAUAAAACAAAUAAAAUUAAGAUUUUUUUUUUUUACAAUUAUUUCUUAUUGCUCUGUAAGUUUUGAUGACUUGACAACUAGAACUUAGACCUAAAACUGCAUUAGUUAAGCAGAUUACAGAUUCAUUUUUUCUAAUUAUUUAUUUAUUUUUAAGCGAGGGGAAGCAUGGCAACUUAACUCAAUUUAAUAUAAUCGUUGGUAUAACCCAACAUUUACUUCCGGCCCUCAAUCUCGUUUGGCCUUUCAAAGGAAAAAGGCUCCCCAGCUCAAGACUAUACUGUUAAGAAGUUUUUUUGUUGUAUUGUACA